AUGGCCUCAGACCACCAGACCCAAGCGGGCAAGCCACAGCCCCUCAACCCCAAGAUCAUCAUCUUUGAGCAAGAGAACUUCCAGGGCCACUCACACGAGCUCAGCGGGCCUUGCCCCAACCUGAAGGAGACUGGCGUGGAGAAGGCAGGCUCCGUCCUGGUGCAGGCUGGACCCUGGGUGGGCUACGAACAAGCCAACUGCAAGGGUGAGCAGUUUGUGUUCGAGAAGGGCGAGUACCCCCGCUGGGACUCAUGGACCAGCAGUCGGAGGACGGACUCCCUCAGCUCCCUGAGGCCCAUCAAAGUGGACAGCCAAGAGCACAAGAUCAUCCUCUAUGAAAACCCCAACUUCACGGGGAAGAAGAUGGAAAUCAUAGACGAUGAUGUGCCCAGCUUCCACGCCCACGGCUACCAGGAGAAGGUGUCGUCGGUGCGCGUGCAGAGUGGCACGUGGGUCGGCUACCAGUACCCCGGCUACCGCGGGCUGCAGUACCUGCUGGAGAAGGGAGACUACAAGGACAGCGGUGACUUUGGGGCUCCCCACCCCCAGGUGCAGUCCGUGCGCCGCAUCCGCGACAUGCAGUGGCACCAACGGGGCGCCUUCCACCCCUCCAACUAG